GAGACAAUGGCAACAACCAACCCUGAAGAUAAGUUGGAGGAACUGGCGGUGAUGGUGAAAUCUAUGAUGCGGUCUCAAGUGGCUAGAGACCUGAAGAUUGAUAAAGAUUUUUCCCGCCAGGAGCAGAGGUGGAAAAGCAUACAGCAUCAAUUCCAACAAAUGCAGCUUCAAGUGCAUGCUGUACUUGGAAAAUCUGAUGUAUCAGAAGCACAUCUUCAACCCACGACAUCUGAAGCACCUACAGAAGAAUCAGAUGGUGGUGAUGUCCAGCUGGCUCGUGGUUCCAGGACCAUAAUUGAACCAAAGUUUCUUCCCUUAUCCACGGAUGAUGACAUUGAGCAUUUCCUGACGACGUUCGAGAGGAUGGCCCAGGUGUGUCGCUGGGCUAGAGAUGAGUGGGCGGUUCGUCUGGUCCCUUUGUUGACCGGUAAGGCCCGCACAGCCUAUGUUCUAAUGGAUAUGGCUGACUCUGAGGACUAUGAAAAAGUGAAAGAGGCAAUUCUGGCAAAAUAUGAAAUCACUGCUGAUACGUAUCGACGCCGCUUCAGAUGCCUGAAGAUUGAAGCAGGUGAGACGCCACGUGAACUUUAUGUGCGAUUAAAAGACUUGUUUUCAAGAUGGAUUAAACCUGAUAAAUGUACUGUGCAAGAAAUAUCCGAGCAGAUAAUUCUGGAGCAGUUUUUAAGAAUGGUUAAUCCAGAGUUGGAGAUCUGGAUCCGUGAGCGCGACCCGAAGACGGCAAAAGAAGCAGCUACUCUUGCAGAGGUCUUCACGUCAGCCAGGAAGGGGAGCAAGAGCACCUAUUUUGGCCGAGAGACUCACUAUGCCCCAUCAAGUAAGUCCACUGGGGGUGAACAGGGCUCUGGUCAAAGUCAGGCUAGAAAUUUUUCUAGUUCAAAGCAGCUCCCUUCUCAAAGACCUCCUAAUGUAAAAAAGUCAUUUCACAAGUCUUCUGCGCAAGAUAUUAGAUGUUACAAUUGUAAUGGCUUUGGCCAUACGCAACAUUUUUGCCCCGCCCUUAAAUCAAAGCCAUCACUUUUGUGUUCAGUGCCAAGACCAGCUAUUGAGGCUGUGCAAAAGAAGGUUUGUACAGUUUCUGUUCUAGUGAAUGGGCAAAAAGAAGAAGCUUUGCUUGAUUCUGGGUGCUUCCAGUCUCUAGUGCAUGCUAGCUUAAUCUCUGAAGAAAAGCUAAGUGGGGUGGGGGUUAAGAUAAAAUGUGUACAUGGAGAUGAACAUGUCUACCCUAGUGCUGAGGUGUAUUUGACAGUGGGAGGUCAAACAUACUUGGUACAUGUAGCUGUAGUUCCCUCUUUGCCGUACUCCGUUAUACUUGGUAAUGAUAUCCCCACUCUUUUUGACCUUAUUCACCAGUCAGAAUAUGAACCCAAAGGGCUUACCAACAGAGAGGCCCAGGAUUUAUGCCCAAAAUCUGAUAUACCAGUAGAAUCACUGAAACCUUGUAAUAUAGUCACAAGAGCUCAAAGUGCAAAGACUGUGUUGGAAGAGCUGCCUUUUUAUGGGGAGUCUCUGGAAAUAGAGCCGGGAAAAACUAAAAAGUCAAGAGCUCAGAAAAGAAUGGAGAAAUUCAAAGGCUCAGGUGAUGAAGGGAUAGGACAGUUGUCUAAGCCAAAUAACUUGUUGGAGUUUGACAUUCCCUCAGAUGUAGGUGCACUCCAGAGAGAUGAUCCUACUUUAAAACCGUGGUUUGAAAAAGUAACUGGGGGGGGAACUCAUCAGCGCCGGUUAGACUUCGUGGAAGAUGCAGUUUACAUUAUUAAAGGAGGCAUUUUGUAUCAGAAGAAGGGACAGAGUGACGCAUUAGCCCUUCCACAACAGUUCAGGUACAAAGUCAUGGAGCUGGGCCACUCAAUUCCAUGGGCAGGUCAUAUGGCUUUUCAUAAGACGCUGAGUAGAAUCAGUAGCCGUUUUGUCUGGCCGGGAAUGUAUACCCAGAUUUCAAAAUUUUGUAGUUCCUGUGGAAAAUGUCAGUUGACUUCUGGCAGACGAGUAACCCGAGCCCACCUACAGCCGCUGCCAAUUAUUGAGACACCGUUUGAGAGGCUAGGCAUGGAUAUUGUGGGUCCAUUAGAGAGGAGCUCUACAGGUUGCCGUUACAUAUUGGUGAUAUGUGACUAUGCGACACGGUACCCUGAGGCUUUUCCUCUCAGAUCCAUUAAAGCCCGACAUGUUGCUAACUGUCUUCUGCAGUUGUUCUCUAGAGUAGGAAUACCAAGAGAAAUUCUCACAGAUUGUGGAACAAAUUUUUUGUCCAAACUUUUGCAGCAGGUUUAUAAAUUAUUAGGGAUUAAAGGACUUAAGACCACCCCUUACCACCCCCAGACGGACGGGUUAGUGGAAAGAUAUAAUCAGACUCUUAAAAAUAUGCUGCGCAAGUUUGUCUCUGACACAGGUGCCGACUGGGACCAAUGGCUGCCGUACCUGUUAUUUGCUUACCGGGAGGUUCCACAAGUGUCUACAGGUUUUUCACCCUUUGAGUUAUUGUAUGGCCGCCAAGUGAGAGGUCCGCUGGAUCUACUGAAGGACUGUUGGGAAGACGCUAAGCCAGAGGGUGAAAACAUUGCAGCAUACGUCAUUAACAUGAGAGAGCGGUUGCAGGAAAUGGCAUCUUUUGCACAGGACAACCUGAAAGCAGCUCAACAACAUCAAAAGACAUGGUACGAUCAGAAGGCCAGAGACAGAGUCUUCUUGCCAGGACAGAAGGUUCUGUUACUGUUGCCUACCAGUGACAACAAGCUGCUGACAAAAUGGCAUGGACCAUAUGAGAUCACCAAACAAGUGAGUAAAGUGGUUUAUGAACUGUACAUGCCGGAAAGAGCUAAAAAGCAUCAGACUUUUCAUCUCAACUUGUUGAAAGAGUUUCGCAGCCGACAAGAGCCUGUGCACCAGGAGUUAUUUGGAGACAAGAUAUUCAACAGUGGAAAAGGAGUGUUUGGCCAUGAAAUGGGCUAUCGAGGCUCUAAGUGGUUGAGACAAAUGAGGGAUGCCAACGCCCGCAUCGCUGGAUGGUACUUGGCACUGCAGCCAUUUGAUUUCACGGUGCAGUACAAGCCAGGGAAGGCUAAUGUGGUUGCUGACUGUUUAUCCAGAAUGUCGGAGGACUGA